AGUUACCCACCACUAGGUAGCCAGGGAGGAGAAAAUUAUCGAUAACAGCAAAAUGUGUUGAAAGCGGCGUUUGCAUUCGGAAUUUGCGAGUUUCUUAAUUAUUUUGACCAACUUACGGUGUUUUGGCCGGCGCAGCGAACGUAAAGACCGGUAGACGUAGUACUGCUUUCACUCUACUCAUAUAGAACAGUUGUGAAAUGAAUGUUCCUCCUAGCGCUGGAAAUGGAGCAGUCGCUGUGGUGGCGGGGGGCGGCAGGGGCAUUGGAUUCACGCCGCCGGCUGGGAUGGUCCCUCAGUUUCCACCACCGGGAUUCGCGGCACCUCCACCUCCAGAGCUAGCGGCUGCUUUUGGAGUUUUGCCAUCGAACACGGAAUGGACCGAGCACAAGGCUCCAGAUGGACGACCAUACUACUACAACCAGAACACGAAGCAGAGUUCAUGGGAGAAACCAGAGGCUCUGAUGACACCUGCUGAGCUGCUGCACAACCAGUGCCCCUGGAAGGAGUAUCGAUCGGACACUGGAAAGGUAUACUAUCACAAUGUGGCUACCAAGGAGACAUGUUGGGAGCCCCCACCGGAGUACGUUGACAUGAAGGCCAAGGCCAAGGCUGAGGAAGCUGCUGCAGCCGCCAAAGCGGUGGCGGCCAUGACAUCCUCCAGUUUGGCGGGCAUGGUACCGCAUGCUGCUCUAGCUAGUAUUCUUCCUGCUGCCUUGCCAGCAGCCCCACGGAUACCCACACCGGAAAUCCAUUCUCCCUUAACGCCCAGCAGUAAUGAGAACUCCUCCUCUGCUCUAGAUCAGGCUAUGGCUGCCACAUUGGCGGCCAUUGAGGUUCCCCAACCGAAUGCCAAGAAGGACGACAAGUUAGCAGACAGUCCCAUGGUAUUUAAGGACAAGCGCGAGGCGAUCGAGGCAUUUAAGGAACUUUUGAGAGACCGCAACGUACCCUCCAACGCCAACUGGGACCAGUGUGUGAAGAUUAUUUCGAAGGACCCGCGCUAUGCAGCCUUCAAGAACCUCAACGAACGCAAGCAAACCUUCAAUGCCUACAAAACGCAAAAGCUGAAGGAUGAACGCGAAGAGUCGCGUUUGAAAGCAAAAAAAGCAAAGGAGGAUCUUGAGCAGUUCCUUAUGUCGAGCGACAAAAUGAACUCACAGAUGAAGUACUUCCGCUGCGAGGAGGUUUUCGCUGGGAAUCGAACGUGGACGGUGGUGCCGGAACCCGAUCGGAGGGACAUAUACGAAGAUUGCAUAUUCAACCUGGCGAAGCGGGAAAAGGAGGAGGCGCGAGUGUUGAAGAAGCGAAACAUGAAGGUGUUGGGCGAACUUCUCGAGUCGAUGACGUCGAUUAAUCAUGCCACCACCUGGUCGGAGGCGCAGGUCAUGCUGCUGGACAAUUCUGCAUUCAAGAACGAUGUGACCCUUCUUGGAAUGGAUAAGGAGGAUGCUCUCAUUGUGUUUGAGGAGCACAUUCGCACCUUGGAAAAGGAAGAGAAGGAAGAGCGCAAACGGGAGAAGAAGCGAAUGAAGCGACAGCAGCGGAAAAACAGAGACUCCUUCCGUGCUCUACUCGAUUCACUGCAUGAAGAAGGCAAACUCACGUCCAUGUCGCUCUGGGUGGAACUGUAUCCGAUCAUAUCAGCCGACUUGCGCUUUUCUGCCAUGCUUGGCCAGAGCGGCUCCACACCGCUGGACCUUUUCAAGUUCUACGGCAGGCGAACAAACUUAUGUUUAUAAAAAAUAAUUAUAAAUAUUUUGAAUUUAAAUAAAAACAAUUUCCCAAGGUA